AUGUGGGCAACAUGUGAGCAUCACAAUACAAUACCAGCACUUAAGAGACCCAGGCUGGUGGACGGGACUGAAGACCCAGGGCAGCGCUACCACGCUCAAGAAGCGUUCCCUGAGACGGAACAGACAGACAAGCAUGUAUGCAGUGCAGAGGACCACAAGAGCCUCAGCAAAAUUCACAGAGAGGUUUCUGGUGUACCAGGCGCUCCGUGUCCUCUCAGUGCCAUAAUUGAGAAAAUGACAAGGGAAGACUUCACAACUUUUAAAAGGGAACUAGCUGAAGAGUACCCCAGCUACUUUGCAACUCCAUUUGAGGAUCUCAGUGUUUGUGGUGUGGUUGAGAAGCUGCUAGAACUCUUUGGAGAACAGAAGUCUCUCGUGAUCACACAAAAUUUCCUGCACAUUGAUGCUUUGAAAAAAGUCCAAAAAAACAUCAAAGUGAGACUUUGGGAAACACACCAACACAUGUCAGGCAGAACAUUAUCAACGGGAAAACUUCCCCUUUUGAAUGAGAUCUACACAGAGCUGUAUAUCACAGAGGGUGGAAGUGGACAGGUCAAUAAUGAACACGAGGUCAGACAGAUUGAGAUGACCUCCAAAAUGCAAACAAUGUCAGACAUUAAAAUUGAAUGCAAUGACAUAUUCAAGACAUCUUCUGACCAAAAGGAACAAAUCCAAGUGGUUCUGACAAAGGGUGUAGCUGGAAUUGGAAAAACCGUCUCUGUUCAAAAGUUCAUUCUUGACUGGGCUGAAGGAAAAGCAAAUCAACAUAUCACAGCGAUAGUUUCUCUGCCUUUCCGUGAUCUUAAUCUAAGAAAGGAUGAGUAUAGUUUUAUUGAACUUCUCCAUCACUAUGCUCCAGAACUGAAGGACAUAAAGGAUAUAGAAGAUGAGAGAGUCAAAUUGCUCUUCAUUUUUGAUGGUCUGGAUGAGUGCCGUUUUCCUCUGGAUUUCCAAAGAGAUGAAAAACAUUCCGACGUGAGAAAGCCAGCCUCAGUCAAUGUAUUGCUGACAAACCUCAUCAAGACAAAUUUGCUUCCCUCUGCUCUCCUCUGGAUCACCUCCCGACCAGCUGCAGCCAAUCAGAUCCCUCCAAAGUGUGUCCAGAGAGUCACAGAGAUCCGUGGGUUCAAUGACUGUAGGAAGGAAGAGUACUUCAAGAAGAAAAUCAGCGAUCAGAUCCUGGCCAACAGAAUUAUCACUCACAUCAAAUCAUCCAGGAGUCUCUACAUCAUGUGCCACAUACCAGUCAUCUGUUAUCUUUCAGCCACUGUGCUUGAGAAAAUGAUGAGUGAUGGAGAGAAGCGUGAAAUACCCAAAACUCUGACUGAGAUGUACACGCAUUUCUUACUCAUUCAGAUCAGUUUGAAAAAUGAGAAGUACCACGGACAGACAACAGACAUGCAAAAGUUAUCUCAAUCUGACAAAGAGAUGAUUCUGAAACUAGGAGAGCUAGCUUUCCAGCAGCUGGACAAUGGCAAUCUGAUAUUCUAUGAAGAGGAUCUGAGAAAGUGUGGAAUUGAUAUGAACAAGGCUUCUGAGUAUUCUUCAUUGUGCACAGAGAUCUUUCGAGAAGAACUGGGAUCCUACAGGGAGAAAGUCUUCUGCUUUGUUCACCUGAGCAUUCAGGAGCAUCUCGCUGCAGUGUACGCUCACGUUAUUUGUGUAAAUGAGAAAACAAGUGUUUUCAGCAAACCCAAAUUCACAAAUGAAGAAGAAAGAUCAUCCCUUUUUGACCUGCACCGGAGUGCGGUGGACAAAGCCCUCCGCACUAAAAAUGGACAACUGGACCUUUUCCUUCGCUUCCUUCUCGGUCUCUGUCUGGAGCCCAAUCAGAUUCUCCUUCAAGAUCUGAUGAAUAGAAGCGGCAUAGAAAAAAUAAAUCCAGUGAACACCAUUUUGUAUCUUAAGGAGCGAAUAAAGAAAGAAUCAUCACCAGAGAGGAUCCUGAAUAUAUUCCACUGUUUGAAUGAACUGAAUGACAACUCUUUGGAGGAGGAAAUCCAGACUGCCCUCAGAUCAGGAUCUCUGUCGGAUAGAGAGCUGAGACCAGACCAGUGCUCAGCUCUGGCCUAUGUAUUACUGAUGUCAGAGAAAGUUCUGGAGGAGUUUGAUUUGAAUAUGUUCAAAACAUCAGCAGUAGGUCAACAGAGGCUGCUCCCAGUACUGAGGACAUGCAAGAAGGCCAGAUUCACUGGCUGCAUCCUCUCAUCUGAGUCCUGCUUAACUGUGGCAUCAGCUCUGAAGACAGUGAACUCACCCCUGAUAGAGCUUGAUCUCAGCUUCAAUAACUUGAGAGAUUCAGGUGUGAAGACUGUCUGUGAUGGACUUAUGAGUCCAAACUGCAAAAUAAAGAUAUUGAGGCUGAACGAGUGUAGUGUCACAGAUGGCUGCUGUGUAAAUCUGGGCUCAGUCCUGCAAUCUCCUCACUCUAACUUGAGAGAACUGGAACUAAGAAACAAUGACAUCCAAGAUUCAGGGGUGAAGUAUCUGUCUAAUGGACUGCUGAGUCAGCAUUGUAAACUGGAGAAACUUGAGUUGAGUGUGUGUAAACUCACAGAAGGUUGCUGUGCUGUGCUGGCCUCAGUCCUACAGUCUUCUCAUUCUAAACUACGACAGCUGGAGCUGAGAGGCAAUGACCUACGGGAUUCAGGAAUAAAACAGCUCUUUGUUAGGCUAGAGAAUCCAUACUGUAAACUAUCUGCAUUAGGGCUUGGCGCAUGUAAUCUUACAGAUAGCUGCUGCAUAAACCUGUCCUCAGUUUUGCGAUCCCCUCACUCCAACCUGCGAGAGCUGGAGCUUAAAGACAAUGACCUACAGGACUCAGGAGCGAAGCUACUCUCUGCUGGACUGAAGGAUCCACACUGUAAACUACAAAGCCUUGGGCUGUCAGGCUGUCUAAUCACAGAAGAAGGCUGUACCUCUUUGGCUUCAGCUCUGAAUUCAAACCCCUCACAUCUGAGAAAGCUAGAUCUGAGCUACAAUUACCCAGGGGACUCUGCUGUGAAGCUGCUCACUGCUUUGCAGAAUGACCCAUGUUAUAAGUUGGAAGAACUGGAACUAGACCAUGGAGGGGAAUGCAGGCUGAAACCUGGUCCAAGGAAAUAUGCCUGCCAGCUUACACUGGACCAGAACACAGCACACAGAUCCCUUUCUCUCUCCGAGAACAACAGAAAAGUGUCAGAGUCCCAAGAGGAGCAGCCGUAUCCAGAUCAUCCUGAGCGAUUUAAGGGUCUUCCUCAUGUGCUGUGCAGAGAGGCUCUGAAGGAACGUAGUUAUUGGGAGGUGGAGCGGGAGGGGAUGAGAGCCCUCAUAGGAGUCGCUUACAAGAGCAUGAACAGGGAUGAGGGCCUGAUUGGAAUGGACGACAAGUCCUUUGGCGUGCUAUUUCAGAGGUUUGGAUACUCCUCCUGUCACAAUGGAAAGAGAAAUGCUGAAAUAGCACUCCCUCAUCCUUCCACCAGAGUAGGAGUUUAUCUAGACUGGGCUGCUGGCACUCUUACUUUUUACAGCGUCUUCCAUGACGCACUGUCUCAGUUACACACGUUCUACUCCAAAUUCACUGAGCCCCUCUAUGCAGCAUUUAGAGUUUACCCUGAAUCCUCAAUGACACUGGUGCCAACUGGAAUAAAGGCAGUGGGUUAUUUGUAA